UCAAUACCCAAAAUACCCAGCUAUGAUAUGCAAGAUGAACAGGAGAAACAAUGGCUUACAGAAAGUAAAUAUAAUAUUGCUGUGUGUUUUGCUGAUUCUGACUAGUAAAGGAAUACUUGACAAUGUUACUGAAAAUACUGAGUACCAUAGCCAUGAACUGAACUACAGGGACUACGUACACCAGAACAGACUGCUGAAUUUGUUUUCAGAGGAGCAGACGUCAACUAGCUCAGAUGAUGAAGCAACGUCUGGUGAAGAUUCCACUCACAGGAGCAGGGGUGUAAAGUGUAAUGUAACAAGAAAGCAAUUAAAGGGACGUGAGGACGUGGACCUCCGAGUACUGAGGUUCACAGAAUUAGAAGAAAUGUUUCCGGAUCACAAGGGCGGACGAUAUCGCCCUUCUCACUGCAACCCUUCAUCUAGGAUUGCUAUCGUCAUCCCUUACAGAGACCGGGAAAUUCAUUUAAAACUUCUGCUUCUGAACCUGAUCCCAAAGCUUCGGAGGCAACUCACAGAUUUUACCAUCUAUGUUAUAGAACAGGCGGAGACUGAAGAUUUCAACCGAGGUAUGAUGCGGAAUAUUGGAUUUGUUGAAGCUAAAAAGAGGUUCCCUUACGACUGCUAUGUUUUCAAUGACGUUGACACUAUAAUUGAGGACGAUCGAAACUUGAUGAAGUGCGGUACGGAUUUUGCGCGACAUCUGGUGUCCGGCGUGCGACGGUACAAUUACAGCUUACCAUACAGAGGGUUGCUUGGGGGAGUGAUAGCACUAACUGACACACAGAUGACGACAUUGAAUGGAUAUUCUAACAUGUUCUUCGUUUGGGGUGGAGAGGAUGACAAUCUUUUUGACAGAUUUGUGGAGAGUCGGCUUUGGUUUGAUAGAACAGAUUACCAGGACGGGUUUGUCACGACUUUAGCGCACAAGAAGGGGAAGAAGUUCACUUCUCGGUUCCGCACGGGAGUUAAAACCAAACAUUCCAGGUCUUUUGACGGCGUUUCCAGUCUGCGGUAUGAAGUAAUUCUGGUGAAAUACAAGCCUCUGUUUACCUGGAUCGUGGUCAGUGUAAAUCAAACUCUUAUGAAUGAGGAAUUCCUGUUAAAUGGGGAGAAACUCAAACAGUGGCGAGACAAAUCCAAUUCAUAGGGGAAUGUUAAAUUAAAUUGUAUAUAACUACCUAUAUGUGUUUAAAUAAAUUAUGAAAAGACCUACUAGUACAAGUGUACGAGUACGAAAAUAAUGUCUAGAAUAUACAGUACAUCAUGAAGUGAAUUUCAGAAUACUAAUAUUAAUUGUAUAUAGUGCGUGUUAGAGGUGAAAAAGCGUGAUUUUGUAAGAGAUGGAUUUCAGAAUAUUGUUUUGUGUAGUUCAUGUUCGGGAUGGUGUGGAUUUUGUUAAACCUUUUUUCAGUUUUGUCUGACCAUGAUUUAUUUGUGAAUGUAUGGAUUUCCAUGUAUAUAUGUUUACAAUGUUACUAAUCACAUGAAAAAACUACAAACAAAAUUGUAUUAUGCAUGUAUAUUGUUAAAUCCUCUUCAUAUGGUCGUAGAAUUAUGCAAUAUAGUGGUGGAUUUAGAGUAUUGUCAUUCUGUAUAUAUAUAUUGUAGGAUCUAGUAUUAUGAAAAUUUACUUGUAUUACUUUUUUUAUAUAUACUUCUAUGCCACUUCCUUGAUUUGUUCGUUGAAGUAUUUUAAAAUAUCAUAUAUCUAUCAUUAUACAAACAACUUUUUUUAAAUUUCAUCUAACGUUGCAUUGACAUUGAUAUAAUGUAACACUUUGUUGGGUUUUUUUUUAGCUCACCUGAACCGAAGGUUCAAGUGAGCUUUUCUGAUCACAUUUUGUCCGGCGUCCGUCUGUCUGUCUGUCUGUAAACUUUUCACAUUUUCAUCUUCUUCUCAUGAACCACUGGGCCAAUUUCAACCAAAGUUGGCACAAAGCAUCCUUAGGUAAAGGGAAUUCUAAUUUGUUAAAAUAAAGGGCCAGACCACCUUCCAAGGGGAGAUAAUCAAGAAAUGGUAGAAAUAGAGUAGGGUCAUUAAAAAAAUCUUCUUCUCAAGAACCACUGGGCCAGAAAAUAUGAAAUUUAUAGAUAAGCUUUAUUAGGUAGUGCAGAUUCUAAAUUGUUAAAAUCCUGGCCCCCGGGGGUAGGAUGGGGCCACAAUAGGGGAUCAAAGUUUUACAUACAAAUAUAUAGGAAAAAUCUUUAAAAAUCUUCUUCUCAAGAACCACUGAGCUAGAAAAACUGAGAUUUAUUUGAAAGCUUCCUGAUAUAGCGCAGAUUGAUUCUAAAUUGUUAAAAUCCUGGCCCCCGGGGGUCGGAUGGGGCCACAAUAGGGAUCAAAGUUUAACAUACAAAUACAGUAUAUAGAGAAAAUCUUCUUCUCAAGAACCACUGAGCCAGAAAAGCUGAUAUUUACAUGAAAGCUUUCUGACAUAAUGCAAAUUCAAGCUUGUUAAAAUGAUGGCAACCGGGGGUAUGAUGGGGCCACAAUAGGGGAUCAAAGUUUUACAUACAAAUGUAUAGGGAAAAUCUUUAAAAAUCUUCUUCUCAAGAACCACUGGGCCAGAAAAGCUGAUAUUUACAUGAAAGCUUUCUGACAGAGUGCAGAUUCAAGUUUGUUCAAAUCAUGGCUCCUGGGGGUAGGAUGGGGCCACAAGGGGGGAUCAAAGUUUUACAUACAAAUAUAUAGGAAAAAUCUUUAUAAAUCUUCUCAAGAACCAUUGGGCCAAAGAAGUUCACAUUUACAUGAAAGCUUUCUAACAUAGUGUAGAUUCAAGUUUGCAAAAACUAUGGCCUCCAGGGGUAGGUUGUGACCAUAAUAGGGACUACGGUUUUACAUGCAAAUAUAUAUGGAAAGUCUUCUGAUAUGGACCAAGGUGACUCAGGUGAGCGAUGUGGCCCAUGGGCCUCUUGUUUUACUACUAGUAUACCGGGUAUUAUGUCUUAGGCAGCUUACUUCUCCGAUUUAAAUCACCAUUUGAAAGCAAUUUUACAGAUCGUAGUUUUAUAAUUAUUGUUUCAUGCAAGGAUAUACAAUAUCCCAGCACCUGAAUACAAUAAUUACAUAAAAUGCUCAUAAUUCAUUUAUUUCUAAUAUUGUACAUUAUGUUAUAACAAAAAAUUAAAACAAUGUGUAU